AUGGCCGCCGCUCUGCCAUACCUGACGCGGCAACCCGGCAUGAAUAAUCAGUCCACCGUUUCCUUGUCCAACACUCGAGCUUCACUUUCUUCGUUUCCGUCGUCACGGUCGCCCUCACAAAUAUCCCAGAAUUCUCGCCAAGGGAGGUCGCCUCAUCCGCCGCCGACUGACUCUGACCGCACGUCCGAUCCUACAAACAGUUCCAAGUCAAGGACAGAGUCACUAGCUCCAUCUUCGCAGCAUUCGUCCCUUUCGGCGCCGAGACGCGUAAACGUCGACUCGCGGUCUUCAAAGAGGCUGAAAUCGCAGUACCCCAGAGGGACCGGGGAGAAGCAUGUCGAGUACAUUCUUGUGGCGUCGUUUGACAUUGAUCGCGGCCCCGUCAUGGAGCAUCAAUAUCCUCUAGCCAUCACUGGAGACGAAAACAUGCUGGCAGAGCUGAUGCUUCCGGAUCAGGCACAUGCCCGGAAUCAAGACUGGACAAUAUUCUUUCUGCACAAAGACACGAGUCAGGAAGAAGAGGAUGCCGAGAGACGGGCAAAAGAACGAAGGCGGCGGAUACGCAGAAGGAGACGGAACAUGGAAAACGGCAUCAUUACCGAAGAAGAAGAUGGGAAAAAACACGAGCAAGAUGAGGCAGAGGCGGUCGACGAUGGCAGCAAUGGGGGCAGCGACGACGGCGACGGCGAUGAUGAUGAUGACGACGACGACGACGGCGGAGACGACGACGAUGACGACGACGACGACGACAAUGAUUCGACAGACAGUGAACCCGAGGGUGGGGAGGGGCCACCGCUUAUUUACGUGUUAAAUCUCGUCAACACCAAACAUGACAAAGCAGUGAAGCGUGGCGCUGUUGUCAAAGCCAUGGCCAUUUGCACUCGACAUCCGUUUUUGCACAUAUACAAGCCCCUUUUGCUUCUGGCGCUGGAGGAGUACUUCAAGUCUCCUGUACCGGAGACGCUGUCCAUGCUCUACGAUGCGGUAAACGCCAUGGACCUGUCUCUGAUGCCACGCCUCAGCAUCCUGGAGAGACAUCUCUUGCUGGCCAGUGACAGCAGGGAUCUUUUCGUCGAGAAAUUUGAACUGAUGAUCCAGAUGCGCAUAGCCGAAGACAAAGCUGACGGCUCGCUGGAUAGACAUGCGGAUGAUUCCAAGAGCCCGGUCAAGCCCGCCGGAAUAUCCAGGGCGGGGACGAAAGCCCACGUCGAAGGGGGCAGUCAAGCGCUCUACUCGGUCCCGCGGGAUACCCACGAGUUUGAAAGCAAGGUCAUGUACAAGGGAAUCCCGAUCCCCGUCAAGGUGCCCACGGCGGUCAUGCCGGAGACUGUUGGCGACUUUUCGUUGAUCAAGCUUAUCCAGAACUUUUCCGACACGCAUGCCAAGUCGCCGCAGCCGUUCGCCCUCCACCCGCACUUGACCACCAACGGGGCGAAUACGCAUCCGAUCAUUGUGCUGGUGAACGGGCUGCUGACGCAAAAACGAGUCAUCUUCUUGGGCCACAACAUGCCCUCGGGCGAAGUGGCCGAGGCGGUCUUGGCUGCCUGCGCGCUCGCGUCGGGCGGAUUGUUGCGAGGGUUCACCAGGCACGCGUUCCCCUACACGGACCUCACCAAGAUUGACGACCUCUUGAACGUGCCCGGGUUCAUCGCCGGCGUCACGAAUCCCACAUUUGAGAACCAUCCGGAGUGGUGGGAUGUGCUGUGCGAUCUGCCGAGCGGCCGCGUCAAAAUCAGCACCAAGAUCGAGCCAGCGGUCGUGACGGAGGGGCUCUUGUAUUUCCAGCAGCAGAACCCGACCUUGGCCACCACGGCGAGCGGGCACAUCAACAAUGUCCAGGACCUCACCGGCGACGUGGCCUUCAUGACGGACAUUCUCAAGAGCAUCGCGAUUCGGCACGGCGAACGAGUGAUUCGCGCAAAGUGGAGGGACUGGGUUCUGAAGUUUACCAGGAUAGCCGCCCAGUUCGAGGAGAGCGUGUACGGAGCAAGCGCGCUGUACAUUGGGAGCGAGGACGAAGCCAUGACGCUUCCCGGCGCCGGCGGCCACGGGUACGUCUGGUCCGACGAUGCGGCCAAGAAUAAGGAGCUUGCCGGCAACGUGACCCGGAUCGAGGGAUGGCGAAACACACGCAGCUACUACAGCUAUAUUCAAGAUCUAGCGCAAAUGUACACGAUCCGUCCGCUCAAGGGGCUCGACCUGGGGCACAUGCACGACCGCUUACGGAUGCAGCGGCUGUCGCCCGCGCAGAGCAAAGACAUCUACCUCACGCUCUGCAGACACAUCCACUCGUACGACGAAAUCUGCCUGCUGCUGUCGGUCGCGCCGGAAUCGCACGCAGGUCUGUUCUACCUCGCCCUCGGCCUCUUCCACCAGGACCGCGGGGUACGCGUCAAGACGAGCGAGCUGCUGGGCCGCGUGGCCGAGCACGAGGCAGGGCAGCACUGGUGGAAGAGCCUCAGCCGGUUCGAGAAGCUUGCGUACGAACGGAUCCGCCGCGAGGUGGACGCGGACAUGCGAGCGAGGCUGGAGAAGGAGGGCUUGGGCGCUGGAGCAGAGCGCAGGAUCAGCUAA